GAAACAGCACCACCUCCGCCCCCGAAAUCAAAAAAAGGUUUUGCCGGCAUAGUCGGUGGCCUUCUUGCAAAGAAAGGGAAACGUGCCCAGUCUUCGACGAGUUCAAGUGGUACAACAGUAAGCUCGCACAACGAACUUGCUAUGUACCAGGGUGUGCCAUGCGAUUACGAUGACGACGAUGUCGAUUUUGACGUGCUCGGAUGGUGGAAGCGGAACGAACACAUGUUCCCAUGUCUCGGCAUGCUAGCAAGACAAGUGUUGUCCGUCCCAGUAUCAACCGUAGCAGUUGAACGAGAAUUUAGUGCUGGCGGCAACAUUCUAACCAACUACCGAAGUUGUCUUAACGUUGAAUCUCUUGAAACACUGGUUUGCAACCAAGAUUGGCUCUUGGCAAGACGUCGGGCUCAAGAGUCAUCGUACCAACUCGAAUCGGAGCAUUACAUGAAUGCAAUCACAGAUGAAAGUCCGAGUUCUGAAGAAUAAGUUAUAAAUUUUUUUUAUGUUAAUGUAAAUAUGUAAUUAAUUUUUUAGGUGAGCGAUAUAUAAGCUCCUUCGAGAGUUUCUUUACGGUUCUUUACCUCGUCGCUUUUUUUGAACCGUCAGGAUAUUAAAUGUGGUUGUUCUUCCGUUAGUGUAUUACUCAUUUUCAAUAUUUAAAUAACAACUACAUUUUUAG